AUGAAUUGUUUACAACUCUCAGAAGAAAUUAUUCAUUUGUUAAUUAAGAAGCAUUUAACUUUUUCUUCAGCAGAAAGUUGUAGUGCUGGAAGAAUUACAUCAAACUUAACUUCUGUUCCAGGGUCAUCAGCUGUUAUUCGUGGAGGUAUUGUUGCUUAUUGUAAUGAAGUUAAGGCCCAAGUUCUUGGUGUAUCUCAAGAAAGUAUUAAUAAAUAUACAGAAGUGAGUUAUGUUGUUGCACAAGAGAUGGCAGAAAGAGUAAAACAAAUUAUGAAGUCUGAUUGUUCUGCUUCUAUCACAGGAUAUGCAGGACCAUCACCAUCAUUAGAAGAAAGUAAAGUUGGGUUAAUUUAUAUUUGUGUGAUUGUAAAAGAAAGAAUUGAAAAGAGAGAAUUACGUCUUAAAUCAGACCGUUUGAGUAAUGUCAAUGAAGCAACAAGACAAGUUUUAUCUUUAUUACUUGAAUUAUUAAAAGAAGAAUAA